CGCAGUGUACAAUAUUAUUGUAUAUUAUAAUAUCUAAACUUCUGAAAUUGUAACUCUACUUAAAACUAAAAUACUUAUCACGGAUACACGAAUCACGACGAAAAAUCUUUAGUUUUCUAAUUUCUUAAAAUGCUGUUUACUUUUUUCAAAUGUCAUCAAAUUGAUUUGUUAUAAUUACAUGAAUAAUAUACUUAGUUUAUGAUAUAUAUAUAUAUAUAUAUAAUAUAUGCAAUGAUUAGUGAGUCUUGUAUAUAUGUAUGUGUCACGUAGAUGUCAAGUUAGUGAAUUCACCUUAAAACUUGUUUCGUGAAUAGGUAGAAGAAAUUUUAAAUUAAUUUAAAGUUUCAAAAUGCACAUUUAAAUAUGAUAUACCAUCGAUCAAAUGAAUUAAUUUGUGUUUGUGUAUUUGCCGUUUCACUAUAUUCAAUUCCAUAUACAAAUGGGAUAAAUAACAAUUAUAUUAAAAUGUUUCCUAAAAUUGGUGAAAAUGUUACACUAAAAUGUGGCAGCAAUAAUAUAAAAAAUUCUAAUGUGUUGUGGCAAAUGGAUCAUAAAGAAUUACCUGGUCAAGCUAAAGUUAUGGAAAAUGGAGAUCUGUUCAUUUCAUCAUUUGAUACAUCUGAUGCUGGUAUCUAUAUUUGUGAUUUAGCAGCUGCUAGUGGGUAUGUUGGACAUGCUCCACUGACACAAUUUGAACUGAAACUAAAAAGUGUACCUGGAUCCUUGAUAGGUGUAAGAGUUAUACCUAAUACCGUAUUAAUGCUCAUCACAUGGAGAGAAAUAGAAAACAAUGAUGGAUCUCCUGUUAAGAAUAUAACCAUUAGGUAUAGAAUUACAGAUGAUAGAAUUUCAAGAGAUGAUUGGAGUGUUCUUCAAGUAAAUCCAUUUAAGAUUCACAAAGAAAUUUAUUCGUUACUUCCGAAUACUUUAUAUAAAAUUCAAAUUUGGGCCACCAAUGAAAUAGGUGAUGGGCCCAAAACCGAAUUGACCACCAAAACAUUAAGUGAUAUGACAGAAUCUGAGUUGGAAAAACACCUAUUAGAAGGCAUUGAUACAUUUGAUACCAGGGCAUGGACAUUUGCAGUAAUUGUGAUCAUGAGUACAUUUAGUAUAUUUGUAAUAGCGUUGUGUUGUUUAUUUGUCAAGGAUCCUAGAGUACAGAAAAGAUUGGAAAACAAUGAUGAUGUUGAACGAAUUGAGUUAAUACCAAAUAUUACUAUAAAUCCUGGUUAUUGUGAAACAUAGCUAAGAUUUGAAUACACAGACACUAAUUUUUGAGUCCGUGUGUAAUCGAGUUGCUGUUGAUUAUUUAGCUCGAUAAAUUUUUUAUGUUUUUUUAAUUUUGACAUUUUGUUUGAUUUUUGUAUCAUAUACAUUGUAUAUUAUACAAGUUAUAAUUAGAUAUUCACUAUUUUCAAGGUGUUUUUUUAAGAUAAUAUUACGAUCUAAAACAUAGAUUAAUUUCUGGUUGCAUAAAACAUUUAGGGCCGUUCUUACAAUGUCUGGUAAAGUUUCGGUUAACGCUAAUCAACUGAUAACAGAUUUUAUUACCGACAGAAUUCGGCCGGUUAAGUGUCAAUUAACUUUAACCGGACAUUGUUAGAACGGCUCUUAAUGAAUCAAUGGUGAGCUUGGUUGGAGCUAGUGGUCCUUCAAACAAGAUUUAGUGGCCCACGAUUGGUCCAUUAAAUUUUUAGUGAACCAUUAAAUUUAAUUAACUGUUUAUGUAACCCAACAUAAAUAUAUUAGUACAUUAAAUAUUAAAAUAUUUUAUAUUUUAAUCUAUGUCCAAAUUGAUAUAUCCAUAGACCUAUAAACUAAUAGACAGAGCAUUCCACUCCGCCCUGCCAUCAAUGCACGGGAAUCAUAUAAGAGAAAGAAAGAAGAAGAAACGUAGAGAGAAAAGAGAGAAAGAA